AUGGCUCCCUCAAAAGAAGUAGCCGCUAUCGGCUCCAAUGAGAUUGUUGCCAUUAGCUACGAACAGUCUAUCAAGGCCUCCAAGGCUCUUCUUGCACACAUCAAAAAGGCUGCCAAGGAGUCCGCUGGGAAACCUUCGGCUAAAAAGAACCUACUCGUCGAAGACGAUCAAGAUGACACGGCCGACACACCCGUCUGGCUAACGCUAACAACCAAGCGUCACAUUGCCGACAAGUCCAAGCUGCAACCCGGCAAGAUUGUGAUGCCGCACCCCCUCCACGCCGACGACGAGAGCCUAUCAAUCUGUCUCAUCACGGCCGACCCUCAGCGCGCAUACAAGGAGAUUGUGGCCAGCGACGAGUUCCCCGCAGACCUCCGCAAGCGCAUCGGCCGCGUGAUUGACGUGACCAAGCUCAAGGCCAAGUUCUCACAGUACGAGGCCCAGCGCAAGCUGUUUUCCGAGCACGACGUCUUCCUGGGCGACGAACGCAUCAUUAACCGCCUGCCCAAGAUCCUCGGCAAAUCUUUUUACAAGACGACCACCAAGCGCCCCGUCCCCGUUGACCUCCGGGCAAAGGUGCCCAAGGUGAACGGCAAGCGCGGCAAGCGACCCAAGAAGACAGGCGAAAACGAUGUCAACGCCGGAACGCCCGCGCAAAUUGCCAAGGAGGUGAAGAAGGCGGUCGGCGCCGCGCUCGUCAGUCUGGGGCCGUCGACCAAUACGGCGGUGCGCGUCGGCUACGCCAGCUGGACAGCAGAGCAGAUUGCCGCCAAUGUCCAAGCCGUGGCCGCUGCGCUUGUGGAAAAGUGGGUGCCGCAAAAGUGGCGCAACGUCCGGGGCAUCUACCUCAAGGGCCCCGAGACGGCGGCCCUGCCCAUCUGGCUGACGGACGAGCUGUGGGUCGACGACAAGGAUGUCGCCGCCGACACGGAGGAGACCAAGGCCAAUACGAGCAAGAAGCGCAAGGCGCUCGUGGGCGAGGAGCCCGCGGCUGGCUCGCCCGCGGCCAAGAAGAAGAAGGCGACCGCCGACAAGCACAAGCCCGCGAGCGACGACGCGAAGCUCAAUGAGCAGAUUGCGGAACGCAAGAGCAAGCUGCGCAGCGCCAAGGCCAAGGCUAGCAAGGCAAUGGACUAA